AUGGCACUUCCUGUUCAACAAGCUGAAGAGCUGAGGCUCUACCAGCAAACACUUCUUCAAGAUGGGCUGAAGGAUAUGUUAGACCACAAUAAAUUUAUAGAUUGUGUUUUGCGGAUCCAAGGAAAGGAAUUCCCUUGCCACCGACUGGUCCUGGCAGCCUGUAGCCCGUACUUUCGGGCCAUGUUCCUCUCGGACUUAGAAGAAAGCAAGAAGAAGGAAAUCGACCUUGAAGAUGUGGAUCCUGAUGUGAUGGGGAAGAUCCUUCACUACAUCUACACUUCAGAGAUCGAGAUCACUGAGAAAAACGUCCAGGAUAUAUUUUCAGUGGCCAACAUGUUUCAGAUUCCUUCCAUAUUCACUGUGUGCGUAUCAUUCCUUCAGAAGAAACUGUGUCUUAGUAACUGCUUGGCUAUCUUCCGACUGGGCCUUAUGUUGGAUUGUCCUCGCCUGGCGGUCUCCGCACGGGACUUCUUGUGCGAUCGUUUCAACCUGAUCACCAGGGACGAGGAGUUCAGCCAGCUCUCCCCUGAUGAACUUAUUGCUGUUAUCUCCAGUGACUCCCUUAACGUGGAGAAAGAAGAGGACGUAUUUCAGGUGGUCAUGAAGUGGGCAGCUAAGGAUAAAGAGAACCGCGUCAAGGCCUUGCCGGUCAUCUUUGAAAGCAUUCGGUUCCGUCUGAUAUCAGAAGACUACAUCAAGAACAAGGUGGAGAAACAUGAACUGGUCAAGUCCAACUCUGAACUCUUGAAAAAGCUUCAGAUGGUGAAAGACGCUCAAGGCGGCAAACUACCGGUGGUCAAAAAGAAAGAAGCACAGCAGAGCAAAGAUGGAGAGAAAGUUGUCAAUGGUGAUGUGGAGGAGGAUGAAGAAGUCCUACCAGGAAUUCUAAAUGACACUCUGAGAUUUGGCAUGUUCCUGAAGGACCUCAUAUUCAUGAUCAGUGACACUGGAGCAGUGGCCUAUGACCCAAAUGCCAAUGAAUGUUUUUUUGCCUCGUUGUCUGCUCAGAUCCCAAAGAAUCAUGUCAGUUUGGUCACAAAAGAGAACCAGAUUUUCGUGGCUGGUGGACUUUAUUACAAUGAAGACAACAAGGAAGAGCCACUGAGUUCCUACUUCUUGCAGUUUGAUCACCUGGACUCUGAUUGGCUGGGAAUGCCACCCGUUCCAUCCGCCCGCUGCCUCUUCGGUCUCGGGGAUUCGGAGAAUUCCAUCUACCUGAUUGGUGGGAAAGAGCUGAAGGAAGGAGAACAGACCCUGGACUCAGUCUUGUGCUACGAUCGCCCGUCCUUCAAGUGGGGGGAGUCGGACCCCCUGCCCUAUCAGGUGUACGGACACUCUGUGGUCUCCCAUGACAAUCUGGUCUAUGUGAUCGGAGGGAAGGGGAGCGAUAAGAAGUGUCUGAACCGGCUUUGUGUCUACAACCCCAAGAAGUUCGAGUGGAAAGAUUUGGCCCCCAUGAAGACGGCUCGCUCUCUGUUCGGAGCAACGAUUUUUACAACGGGAAAAUCCUCAUCGCUGCCGGUGUCACCGACACGGGGCUCACCAAUACCAUCGAGGCCUACGAUAUCAGGACUAACAAGUGGGCAGAUUUCAAGGAGUUCCCCCAGGAGCGCAGUUCCCUCAGCCUCAUCAGCAUGGAUGGAACGCUAUUCGCUAUCGGAGGAUUUGCCACAGUGGAGAACGAGACUGAAGAAUUGGUGCCGACAGAACUGAACGACAUCUGGAGGUAUAAUGAAGAUGAGCAGACGUGGGACGGAAUGCUCCGCGAGAUCCGUUAUGCUUCUGGAGCGACUUUCAUCCCUGCACGCUUCAAUAUAAUGCGGCUCACAAAAAUGUAA